UCAUUUAAUCCUCAGUGGAAAAGGUUAGCUCGUCUUUGGCUCGCACACGUUUGUCACCCUGCCAGACCAGCUCAGGAACCCGGGCCAACUCGAGACUUGGACGGCAUGGAGGAGCUUCUUUUACCGGGCGCGGAGGAGGAGGCGCGCUCCGACCAGAGCUCAAACGCUCCGGGAGACGCAGGGAGGAUGAUGGGGGACCGAGUGAAGCCUUUCCUCCGGAGCUCUGGGGACCUGAGGAGGACCGUCAAGGAGCUGCUGAAGAGACACGGACUGCUCACUCUGUCCGUCGUCGCCGUCAUCACCGGCUGCACGCUGGGCUUCAUGCUGAGGGGGACAGCGCUGUCCACACAGGCGAAGAUCUACUUCUCUUUCCCCGGCGAGCUGCUGAUGAGGAUGCUGAAGAUGCUCAUUCUUCCUCUCAUCACAUCCAGUUUGAUGUCGGGCCUGUCGUCGAUGGAGUCGAAGGCGUGCUGCAGGAUGGGCGUCCUCACCGUCACCUACUACCUGUGGACCACCUUCAUCGCGGUGGUGGUGGGCAUCGUGCUCGUCAUCAUCAUCAAACCCGGCGUGGGGACGGAGAUGGAGAGCCACCGGCUGGGGGGCGGGCCCGUCAUGACCUCCGCCGACGCCCUGCUCGACCUCAUCAGGAACAUGGUUCCCUCUAACCUGAUCGAGGCCACGUUCCAGCAGUAUAAAACGGACCUGGUUCCCAUCCUCAAAGUCCAGACCAGAACCGUCCAGCCCAACUUCGUGUACGUCUUCCCUGACGAGAGCCACCCGACGGGCCGGACGGUGUACCUGGAGAUGACUCCGCCCCCCGAGGUCACGUACAAGACGAGCCCCGGCACCAGCCAGCAGAUGAACGUCCUCGGCAUCGUCAUCUUCUCCGCCACCAUGGGCCUGUUGCUGGGCAGGAUGGGAGAGCGAGGAGCUCCGCUGGUCAACGUCUGUCAGUGCAUCAACGAGUGCGUCAUGAAAAUCAUCAACGCUGCCGUCUGGUACUUUCCGUUCGGGAUCAUCUUCCUGGUGGCGGGGAAGAUCCUGGACAUGCAGGACCCGAGCACGCUGGGGAAGAAGCUGGGCUGGUACGGCAUCACGGUGCUCGCCGGCCUCUUCGUCCACGGACUCAUCCUACUGCCGUUCUUCUACUUCGUCCUCACCAAGAAGAAUCCCUUCUCCUACAUCCGUGGGCUGCUGCAGGCCAUGGUGAUCGCCCUGGCAACCUCCUCCAGGUCAGAGUCCGGGACUUUAUCCUGAAGAUCUGUGGUUCAUUCUGUCUCGUCACUUCUCAGCUCUGCGACGCUGCCCAUCACCAUGAAGUGUUUGUUGGAAAACUGCCACGUGGACCGGCAGAUUGCUCGCUUCGUCCUCCCAGUGGGCGCCACCAUCAACAUGGACGGCACGGCGCUGUACGAGGCCGUGGCGGCCAUCUUCAUCGCUCAGGUUAAUGACUACGAGCUGGACUUCGGCCAGUUGGUCACCAUCAGCAUCACGGCGACAGCUGCCAGCAUCGGUGCGGCGGGGAUCCCUCAGGCCGGCCUGGUUACCAUGGUGAUCGUACUGACGUCAGUGGGCCUGCCGCCGGAUGACAUCACACUGAUCGUAGCCAUCGACUGGAUCCUCGACAGGUUUCGGACCAUGAUCAACGUUCUUGGUGACGCUCUGGCGGCGGGAAUCAUCGCCCACCUCUGUCGGAAAGACUUUCCCCUCAGUGAAACUAGAAAGAAUGUCCCGUCUUACGGGACUCAGACUCCUCACACUCACAACAACUCUCACAGCGUAAACGUGCCAAUGACAGAGAUCCACACACACAAAGACUGCAUGUUCGACACGAUGGGCGACUCGUCAGGCGACAGGAACGCACACACCGUGUACUACAACAUCUGCCAGGUGUGACCGGACCAGACCAGACCGGACCGGACCGGACUGGACCGGACCGGACCGAGCUCGCCUCAAAGCACCAACGGUCCGGUAAAAUCUCACCGUGCCUCUGAACAGGAGCGCCAAGAAGAGACAGACCUUGUGGUAACGGAGCUUCUUCUUUAAUGUUGGUGACGGGAACUUUAUUUGGCCAAAACUGGCUUCGUUUGGAGCUCCAGGACCAUGAUGCCAUUUUAUUGGAAACUCGCCAUCAGUGAGAAGUUUGCUAAAUAAACAAAGAAAUCCAGCAGCAUCUCUGCAUAAGAUCAGGAUGAACUGGAGCCUGAUCUGCACCAGAGGAUUAUGGGUACAUGAAGCCCUCCUUGGAGCACCUGCAGGUUCAUCAUCUGGUCGGACAGCGACACCUCGAAGAUGUUCA